AAGAGGAAGAUGAAGGGGAUGACCUGUUGCUGGGGUCUGUGGAUGAGUUCUGGUGGUUUCCUCACAUGUGGAGUCACAUGCAGCCCCAUCUCUUCCACAAUGAGUCAUCCCUGGUGGAGCAGAUGAUUCUCAACAAGGAGUUUGCACUAGAGCAUGGAAUUCCUAUCAACAUGGGCUAUGCAGUGGCUCCACACCACUCGGGGGUCUACCCAGUCCAUAUACAACUUUAUGAAGCUUGGAAAAAAGUCUGGGGUAUCCAGGUCACAAGCACAGAAGAGUAUCCACAUCUUAAACCUGCACGAUACAGACGGGGCUUCAUCCACAAUGGCAUCAUGGUGCUCCCUCGACAGACAUGUGGAUUAUUUACCCAUACGAUUUUCUAUAAGGAAUACCCAGGAGGGCCUCAAGAAUUAGACAAAAGUAUCCAAGGAGGGGAACUUUUUCUCACUAUCCUUCUAAAUCCCAUCAGCAUCUUCAUGACCCAUUUGUCCAACUAUGGAAAUGACCGCCUGGGGUUAUAUACCUUUGUGAACUUGGCCAACUUUGUGCAGAGCUGGACUAACCUGAGACUGCAGACUCUGCCUCCAGUGCAGCUGGCUCACAAGUACUUUGAGCUCUUCCCAGAGCAAAAAGACCCUCUCUGGCAGAAUCCAUGUGAUGAUAAACGACACAGGGACAUCUGGUCCAGAGACAAAACUUGUGACCAUUUACCAAAAUUCCUUGUGAUAGGACCUCAGAAAACAGGGACAACUGCACUUUAUUUAUUUCUACUUAUGCAUCCUUCCAUCAUCAGCAAUCUCCCUAGUCCAAAAACAUUUGAAGAAGUUCAGUUCUUUAAUGGAAACAACUAUCAGAAGGGAAUUGACUGGUAUAUGGAUUUUUUCCCUGUCCCCUCCAAUAUUACCAAUGAUUUUCUAUUUGAGAAGAGCGCUAACUACUUCCAUUCAGAGGAAGCUCCCAGGAGAGCUGCAUCUCUGGUUCCCAAGGCCAAGAUCAUCACCAUUCUCAUUGACCCCUCAGACCGAGCAUACUCCUGGUACCAGCACCAGCGAUCUCAUGAGGAUCCAGCUGCCCUGAGGUUUAAUUUCUAUGAAGUUAUUACGACAGGACAUUGGGCCCCAUCUGAAUUAAAAACGCUACAGAGGAGAUGUCUGACUCCUGGAUGGUAUGCAGUCCACAUAGAGAGAUGGCUGACUUAUUUUUCUACUUCUCAGUUGCUAAUUAUUGACGGGCAGCAAUUGAGAUCUGACCCAGCUACUGUGAUGGAUGAAGUGCAGAAGUUUCUGGGAGUUACUCCUCAUUAUAAUUACUCAGAAGCUCUAACGUUUGACCCUCAAAAGGGCUUUUGGUGUCAGCUACUAGAAGGAGGAAAAACCAAAUGCCUUGGGAAAAGUAAAGGCCGAAAGUACCCACCAAUGGAUCUAGAGUCUAGAGCAUUCCUCUCCAGUUACUACCGAGAUCAUAAUGUGGAACUGUCCAAACUUCUGCACAGACUGGGACAACCUCUGCCGUCGUGGCUGAGACAGGAACUGCAGAAAGUAAGAUAGCGCUGGAAAAAAGGACCCCAGCCUCAUAUGACAAUUACCUUUAUUAUCAAGAAUAAAAACCGAUCUACGCUUUAUACUUUCUCAAUGCACUCGUGAUUGUCAGUAGAGGACUUUGUGAAUAACUUCUCUUUCUGAAAAGAAAAGAUAAAAAGAAGAGACAAGAAAAGAGAUAUGAAAAGAAAAGGAAAAGAAAAUCUACUUUAUAUGCACACACCAACAAUUACUAGCAUUGAUUAAUCUCUGUAUCAGCUUUUAGGAAACAAUGCAGAGUUAACAUGGCAUUAUUCGAUAUCCAAAUUGGAACUCAUGAUGGAUUCCAGUUUCUCUGUUAAACAGGAAAUUCCCAAAAUUGAAUGUGCAACUGAUAGCCCUCAUCAUUUCUAAAGGUUCAAUUACAAUCUGUCAGGCUAGGAGCAAGGGCCCAAAAUGUGUGUCACUGCAUUUUGAGGUUGGGAAUAACCCAAUGUCUGAAUUCAGUGGCUCACUUUUUCUUUUCCUUCAUAUUAUCUAGUCAAUUUUGGUAUAAUUUGGUAUGAGAAAGAACAUCUUCCCACACUCCAUUUGUUUUAUUUAAAUAUCCAUGAUUUAUUGUCACCAACCCCCCUAGUCGUUUGCAUUUCUUUUAGGGUGGCUUGAGACCCUCAUUGAAUUCUGCUGAUUUACUAAAGACUGUGAAGUGAGCCUAUGUGAAGUAGACCCAGCACACAAAGACCUCUUUUUCACUUUGCCUUUGGAGGAAGGAGGCUGAUCAAAAUCAGUGUGAACUUUGCUGAAAUUGCUGUAAUUUUUGCUGUUCCUGUUGCUUUUUAGCUUUUUUUUCUGCCAGUCUCAAAGAGGUCUUUCAUCAUGGUUGUCUAGAUCCCCUAGUGCCCAUGAUCAUGGUUUGAGAUAUGGUUUCACGUGGAAUAUUUUGUCAUAAUGUCACUGGUGGAUGUGGGACAAUCAUUAGAAGGGUCCCAAACCAAACCAAGCUAUUAGCUGAGUUAUUUACACAGUGACAAUAUCACACAUAUGAGCAAGGGGGAGUAGAAGGGGAAAAGGAGCAGAAGCCAAAUCUUAUUUUUUGGAAAGACUGAGAACAUUUGGAUCUGUUUAAAAGCAUCCUAAGACACACACAUCCUCUGUCCUCUAUAAAUUUGUUAGAUUUUUAAAUUUUGAAACCAUGAAUCUUUUUCUUCCCUGUGUUUUAUUUUGCUAUUGUUAUGAAUCUAUAAAUAGUAAGCUUUACCAAAUACAUCCUUCGUUGAAAAAGAUCAGGAUUAUAAA